GCGGGGCAACAGUACAAUUUAAUUUACCAAAUUUAUAGUAUUCACAUUAUAUUUCGCGCUAUGUAACAGUGUAAUCACCCCUAAAAUGCUGUUGCAGUUGCUCGGAUUUUGUCUACUGCUUUUUCUUAUAAUUUAUUGGAUUUUACCCACGGGCAUAAGCUGGUAUCUGGUUAAACGGUUUCGGGUCAAAGUACGCAUCGGACGCAUUGCGCUGCCCUAUUUAUCGCUUAAAAAUGUACACAUUAGCAAAAGUGGAUUUUCUGUGCAAAUCGAGGAGGUGUGCUUGCGCAGCAGCUUCUUCACCACCGAGGUCACAAAGCUCUUGUCCAUAUACAUACGCGAUAUUCGUAUAAACAAGGAUAUACAUAGCCGGCAGGAUGACGUCGGCGAUGACUUGUACGAGAGCCGACAGCGCCAGAACCACCUUUAUGGAAGUACCAAAAGUGUGCCCGAUUUUCGCCAGACGAAAGUGCCGGCCAGCAUUAUAACUUUUGCACAAUUUAUGGCCGUGCAUGUGAACAAUAUUUCAGUAGUUCUGAUGAACAAUGACUUUGAUCCAGGCUGGUUUAUACAUGCCACGGCCAAGGAACUACAUCUGGAUGGCAGUAUUGUGCAGAAUGCUCGUGUACUGUUGGUCAAUGCUGCGCUCAGUGAUGCCGCACUCAAGAUGUUGCGUCAUUGCAAUGCGCGGCGCCAGUCGCUGGAGAACCUGAACAAGAUUCGCCCAUGCUUAGGCGAGAUGAGCUUUGAUGUGACGCUAGAUGCUUCACUCUUUGCACAAGGACCGCUGUCUAUGGAUACUCUUAGUUUGGUCAUCAACAAUGCCAAAUCAGUCAUACACGGCGGUCUCUAUGAGUUCCUUAGCGAGGCGAAACAACGCACAAAUCGGGGACACCAAGCAAAAGGCUUACAGCGCAGUUUCGCCUCCCCCACACGCAACUAUGACAAUGAGAACUAUGAGAAGCUAGCACCCAUCAUACCAAAGAAUUUUAACUUUAGUAUAAAGGCGGCUACAUUUUCGGCGGUCAAGGAGAAUUCGCAGAAUGACUUUAGUGCCAAACUACAGCUUUUCAACAUCACCGGUAAAUUCAAUUCAAAAGUCGUGGACGAAAAAACGCUGUUACCCUCCAUGCUGGCCAAGCUGGUGUUUCAGCAUUUGGACAUCGACACAAAGUACGAAAAGUUGUUAUUUGUCGAGCAGUUCACCAUUGAUUCAGUGUUGGAGAAAGACAUAUUCAAUUUGUAUGUGAAGCUAAAGACAUUCCAAAUCAUUUACAACCACAGCGAAAUCUAUGACUUUGUUAAUAAUAACUUUUUGGCACGUCAGCGGGCUAGCAAUCCCCAAAUGCUACAUACGCACAAGCAGAAGUCUCUGCCCGAUAAUUUGGGUCUCGAAGCGGAUAGCAGUUGGUUGGCUGCCUCAAAGCGAAGUCACGAGGGCGGCAUUUUGGAAUGGAUUAUGGAACGCAUUGUGGUCAAGGGCUGUGCCGAAUUAUGGAAUGUGUCGCUACUAAUGAAACUUGAAGAUGAACACAUAGCAAUGAGCGUCAGUCAUACGCGAUUUCUGCUGGAGCAAAUGGAGGAGAAACGUAGUUCGCUCUAUCGAAAUAAAUUCCUGAAUUUGCUGCUUAAUAAGCGCCAAUGGAGCAUGGAACUUAUGGUAGAGACGCUGUGGUCCAAUCUCGGCAACUCCAUCAAUGACACAAACAAUUUGAAGAAAACCCAUUCACCCGGUUCACCCUUCUUUCUGGGCGUUAGUCUAGUCAAGUUGUGCUCUUAUGCCAACACCACCAAAUUGGAUAUAUCCAUACACACCUUUCGCACGGAAUACAGCAUGCAAUUGGCCGAGUUUGUGGUCAAGUCCAUGGAGUGUGUGAAACAAUAUGGCGGUCUGAGUGCCAAGCGUGCGCAGCACUUGCCACAGGGUUCGCGCUCGAGUUCGCUGGAACAGGAGAGCCAUGUGCCUCAGUCGGCCACUUCACUGCGUGUGUCCGUAAAGGUGAAGGACAUCACCGCCUAUUUUGUUAACCAUCACAAUGUCUACACACUGCUGAGCUUCUCGGAAAUCAAUCUAACGCGAGCGCUGCAUGGCGCCACAAUCAAACUGGAGGAGUUCCAAAUGGCCAUCAUGCGUUCGAUGACGGCCUCAUCGCUGUGUCUCACUGAUUUCACAGACGUUUUUGCCAAUUGCAAAAUUAUACGUAUGGAGUACGAACAAGCGGAAGGCACACGUGGAAAGCUAUCCAUUCGUAUUCCGGGCAAUACGGAGGCCAUGUGGAAUUCCAAUUUGCAUAUGCACCUCUUGACUUUAAUGCGAGAUAUGCAGGAUCUGAAAGCAGAGUUGGCCUGGCCAGCGACAGACGCAAAGGUAGCAGAACUGACAAAUACUGCCGACUUAAAGCGUGGCUUCAUAAUUGAACUGUUGGCGGAACGCAGCACCAUCUGCGAACUGAAGCUUUCGGAACGCCACUCCAUACAGUUCUUUGUGGAAAAUUUGUUCUUCAGCCACAAGGAGCGCAACAUCAUCUAUGCGGAGAAUGUGUUUGUAAAGAUUGAUGACCAGCACAUUUUUACGGUGAAGGAGGUGGAUAUGCAGUCGCUGCCACGAUUAGAGACGCUAACGCACGAACGUCACAACUUCCCCGGCUUCGUGUUGCCAUCCAAUCGUGUUUGGGUCACCACAAUUGGUUCCUUCAAGGCAAUUUUCCCAUACGAUCACGACUUUUAUGACGCCAUUAACAACGAAUGCGUCACACACUUCAAGUGGCUAAAAUUGGUGCAUAACUAUAAGAAGAAGCCAUUUACUGAACAGUCGCCGCUGCCCAGCGAUUUGGUAAUAAAGGUGAAGGAAUUUUUGCUCGAAAUUAGCGACGAUCCAUUCGAGGUGAAGUUGCGCGAUAACUACGUCCUCCUGGUGGAUGAGUAUCUGGAGAGCUUGAAGCGCAAAACGUUGUUUGACAAAAAGAUUGCCGAGCUCUGCUCAGAACGAUUGCUAGUUCCGGCCGGCACCAUUGAGAGUCUGUACGCGAAUCUGGUGAAGAAGAAUUCGGAGAUUUACAUACAGCGCUCGAAAAAGAUACGCGAAAGUGGACCUGUACGCACCCGCUUGCUUGCCUGGAUUAUGACCGAUGUGGAGAUACUGGCCAUGGCCGAUACCUCCAUACAUGGCUAUGACAAUGUAACGCGAACUAUGCGCGAAAUCGACUGCGAUACACCCUGGCCGGAAGAGGGCUUACAGUUUUCAACGCUCUGGUGCCGUGGCGUUAACGUCAGCUGCACGGAAUGGAAGUUCAUGCUGCGCGAUUUCCCCCAACCAAUGUUCUAUGUGAAGAGCAUGCGGCUCUACGGCAACCUCUGCGGAGCUGAGCAAAUAGCAUCGAAGCGUGCCAAGCGGGAUGUCUUCGUCGAGGUGGGCGACCCAUUCGAAACGGAUGUGGUGCAACGCAGCAUGCCGUCCUUAAAGUUCUACCAUGACUUUGAUUGUGAGCUGGAGAGCUGUAGCUAUGCAUUUGGGCCGUGUUGGGAGCCCGUGAUGGCGCAAUGCAAUCUAAGCUUUGAGAAAAUAUCAGCACCCUCCAAAGAUCCGAGUCCACCCUUGCCGUUUUGGGAUAAAAUGCGACUGCUCCUCCAUGGACGGCUGACCUUGAUAGCUAAACAGUUUACGGUGUUGUUGCAUGCCUCCCUGGAUCCUUAUAAUACCACAGAGGAGAUGGAACUGACGUGGAACAAUUGCGGCAUUGUGUGGACCAAUGCUAAGAUUAUGUUCAAGGGCGAGCUUAAUGUAACGGUGCGUACAGCCUCACGCUAUGAUGAUUGCCGACUUCUGCACUUUCCGAAUUUGAAGCUAACGUUUAAGCUCAAUUGGGUUUGCCUAGCAAAUCCGAAUGAUCAUCAUGCAGUCAUGCCCUGCGCGCCUGAUAAGCUGCCCGAGUACUCCAGCAACCAGGUGCACGAUUCGUUUCGUGCGUAUCGUUCUCUCAAUCUUAAUAUUUGGAUAAGCUUCGAGACGAAGCCGAAGUCUGGCGAUGAAGUUGAGAUUGACAUACCCAGUCUGGUGCUCUACGGCAGCACCUUGCGCUGGUUCGAGAGUCUGAAACUCAUCCUCUCCGGCGUUACACGUCCAACGCGACGCGGACCCGUUUUCAACAACGUCCGACCUCGCAAGAAACAAUUAAGUCGGCACUACAAGAAGGCCAAUCUGCAAAUGUGCCUCCACAAGUUCCAGGUACUCUACUGGAUGUCACAUGCUCUACACAAGGGUUUCCAGUUAAAUGGAAGACGUGUCUCAUUCAGUUCGGAAUACAGUUUAACUCUGAAUCCUAUCGACGACGGACUCAUCCAUCGUCCACGAGCCGAUUGGUCUACGGUCUACAUGAACUGUGAACUGAACGAUGCUGAGAUCUGGCUGAAGAGCAUUGUUACCGAGAAAAUGGACAAUAGCAGUUCAGAGAAUUUGGCUAGUGCGGCGGACGCAUUCAAAAUUGUGCGCUUCUAUUUCCUUAGCGUGGCCAAAGUCUCGUAUGGUCGCGAGGCGCUAAUUCCCGCAGCAAGCAGCGCAGAAGAGGAUGCGAAGUCCAAGUCAACGACACCCACACACAAGCUCGUCGUCUACGAUUUAAAGGGUGCUUGGACGAAAAGCAAUCGUGAUGUGGCAUUUGCGCUCUUUGAUUCGUUUAUGAAGUCGCAGAAACUGAAGAACAAUCUGUCCACGGAGGCGGUGAAGAGCUACCGCAAGGAGGGUGGCAAUUCGGCGCUCGUCAAGCACAGACGUAGCGACAGCACCAUAACACUGUCCAACGCGAACACCGAGGUGUUACCGAUUGCCAAUGCGAAUGCAUCGCUGAAGAAACCUCCGGGACAGGUUCAUGCGACGGCUAUGCUACAGCAACUGAUCGCUGAGGCGGAUCACAAGUUUAAUGUGUACAGCGAUGAUCACAGCACGCAAUCGCGGGAGCUGCAGUUACAGGGUCUAGAGGCUUGCUCCGCUCAGGAUGUGAUACAUGAGAACUGGUCCAUUAGUCUGGUCAAUUCUCAGGUGCUGCUAAAGGGGUGUGAGACUUCAGGUUAUGUGAUAAUAAGCGCCGCCAAGGCGGAGAUUCUACAGCGCGUACAUCGUCCUGUUUGGCGCGAUCGUUCGCUCAUCUCCAAGACGACGUGGAAGGGUCUGCUCGAAUGCAUGCAGUACUAUGCCACAGUUAGUGCCGGGGAGAACGAUUCGCUGCUGGAAAAGGAGAUUAUGUGGCUGACGGUGGACAAUAUACAGGACAAGGAUGAGACAGUAAUCAAUAAUAUGCCCGAGGAUAUUUCACAUUUGGUCGGCAGCGGUCGCAGCGUGGGAGGCGUGGUAUCCGAGACAGUGGGUGCGUUUCUUAACGACAAUUCUGGCCAAGCACAGCCGGUGCAGUUGCAACGCAUUGUCUCGCGGUGCAAGUGCGAGUUCUUCUACGUGAGCUAUGGAGACGCCAUUGAUCCGAACAGUAUUACCGAGGUCCCACCGCCACCAUCGGAGGAGUCGCUCUCGCCCUGGGAGAAACAGGACGAUCCUGUUGAUGCCUUCACUGUGAUGCACCACGAUCUGGACGUCUUCACCAACUCGCUGCAAUAUGCCAUGAUACUCGACAUUGUCAAUAAUCUCCUCCUGUAUGUGGAGCCGCAACGCAAGCAGGCGGCGGAGAAGCUGGCCCGCAUGCGCUUUCAACUACAGCUGCACUCAACGGAGGACCAGAAGCGACCUAUACAGCAGAAACAAACAAUGAUUCGCAGCCUGCUGAUGAAGAUACGUUCGCUAGAGAAGGAUAUACAUUUGAUUAGCAAGGAGCGGAUUGAGGAGGGAGAUACACUCGAGCUGCGCUCAGAUUUUGAACGUGUCCAGCAGCAGAUACGUGAAAGCAAAGAGGAGCUAAACACAUAUAGCGAGGAGCUGGAUAUGAUGCUGUUGUGCUACAAGGAGACUCAAUUGUCGCAGCUAAGCAAAAUCUCCAAUGUCCGUUCCGAUAAGUCCGUGACGAUGGUGCGAGCCAAUGAGAUUUGUUUCAAGCAUGCCCAGUGGCGUCUCACCGAAACGGAUGGCCAAAUCGGUAUAGCUGAUCUGAUGCUGAGCGGCUUCCUGUACACCAAAAAGUCUAAGAGCGAUGAUUCGGUGGAGCAUCUGCUGGAGUUGGGCAACAUACACAUGAACAAUCUGUUGCCACGCGAAAUCUAUCGCGAUGUGCUGCUGGCCACUGAAAUCCAAAAGGACAUGCCGGUGGUAGACACCCAUAAGCGAGUGUUGCGUGUCUUUUGUCGCGAGAAACCACCCGUUGGUGGCAUUUCGGUUAAGGAACACUUCGAGAUUAAUGUGGCUCCCAUUACCAUUGCUAUAACGAAGAAAUUCUACAGCACCAUGCUUAAGUUUUGCUUUCCGGAUCGCGACGCAUCUGAGACUGAGGCCAGCGACGACAUCGAUGACAAUGCUUCCACGAGCUCAGCGUCGACAACGAAUUUACAGGCCAAGUCUAACUCGAAGAAAGCAUCAAAAAGCAAAAAGAGUGCGAAGGAUUCGGAGUUUUAUGUGAAAAUCGAAAAGGACGAUGUAGAGAAGAUGAAGGAACGUGCGGAGAAAAACAAACUGUUUAUAUACAUUAAAAUACCCGAGGUGCCUGUCCGCGUCAGCUACAAGGGAAAUAAGGAGAAGAAUCUGGAAGAUAUCACCGACUACUCGCUGGUCAUACCCACUCUGGAGUAUCACAAUGUUACCUGGACCUGGUUGGAUCUGCUUCUGGCCAUGAAGUCGGUCAGCAGACGCGUCAUUGUCUCGCAGGCCAUCAAACAAAAGCUGCAAAUACAUCGACGCCAGCCGGUCUCCUCAGCGGGUGAUCGCGCAACACCCCAAGAAGAGGACAAGGCAAAAAUGUUGUUCGGCAAUCGUCUAAUGAACGAGAAUCGCAGCCAAAGAAAGGCUGGUGGCGUCUUCAAGUUCCCAUCCAGUGGCAAAUGACCACUGAACCAUGUAUUAAAUGUAACGGCCGUCUUUUCAAUGCUUUAAACUGUUUAUUACUGGAAUAUCGUAGGAUUUAUCAAAAUACGUGCAACUCACAAAGCGUACAAUAUUUUUGUUGCGCCCCGAAAUUUAACAAAGAGCAUCGAGCAUUUGAGACAUUGCACGAAUUCACAAACACACACACUCAAGUAUUAUGCUAUGUAUGUAAUUCUAUAAAUAUAACUAUAUAAAUAUUUAUGUAUGUA